UAUUUAUUUUUUUAAUUGUUUUUUUUUUUUUUUUCUUUUUUGGACAAUCUUUUCGCUUUUUUGUGAGAUCUGUAAAAGUGCAUUGAUUGUCUUGCGGCAAAGGAUGGACGAGCAAGCCCGGAUCAUGCAGACUCUUGCGGGCGUAAGCCUGGCUUGCCACUCGGUCCAAGGGGGCAUGGCACUACCUCCUCCCCAUGGACACGAAGGUGCAGACGGCGAUGGAAGAAAGCAGGACAUCGGAGAUAUUCUUCACCAGAUUAUGACCAUCACCGACCAAAGCCUGGACGAGGCGCAAGCAAAGAAGCACGGGCUCAACUGUCACAGAAUGAAGCCAGCAUUGUUCAGCGUCCUGUGCGAAAUCAAAGAGAAAACAGGCCUCAGCAUCCGAGGAGCUCAGGAUGAAGACCCCCCGGACCCCCAGCUCAUGCGGCUGGACAACAUGCUGUUGGCGGAGGGCGUGUCGGGGCCGGAGAAGGGGGGUGGCUCUGCUGCUGCUGCCGCCGCGGCCGCUGCCUCGGGAGGAUCCUCGGACAACUCCAUCGAGCACUCUGACUACAGAGCCAAACUCACGCAGAUCAGGCAGAUCUACCACACUGAGCUGGAGAAAUACGAGCAGGCGUGUAACGAGUUCACGACCCAUGUGAUGAACCUGCUCCGUGAGCAGAGCCGGACACGCCCCAUCUCCCCCAAAGAGAUCGAGCGCAUGGUGGGCAUCAUCCACCGCAAGUUCAGCUCCAUCCAGAUGCAGCUCAAGCAGAGCACGUGCGAAGCCGUCAUGAUCCUGCGCUCCCGGUUCCUCGACGCCAGGCGGAAAAGGCGCAACUUCAGCAAGCAGGCGACUGAGAUCUUGAACGAGUAUUUCUACUCACACCUCAGCAACCCCUACCCCAGCGAGGAAGCCAAAGAGGAGCUGGCCAAGAAGUGCAGCAUCACGGUGUCCCAGGGUAUGGGAAACAGGAUCACAGUGUCACAGGUAUCGAACUGGUUUGGGAACAAGAGGAUUCGGUACAAGAAGAACAUCGGGAAGUUCCAGGAAGAAGCCAAUCUCUACGCCGCGAAAACUGCCGUGACAGCCACGCACGCAGUGGCUGCCGCCAUCCAAAACAGCCAGACGAACUCGCCUACCACACCAAACUCCGGUUCUACUGGUUCUUUUAACCUCCCAAACUCUGGGGACAUGUUCAUGAGCAUGCAGAGUCUGAAUGGGGAUUCUUACCAGGGGUCCCAAGUCGGAGCCAAUGUGCAGUCACAGGUGGAUACCCUGCGUCAUGUUAUCAAUCAGACGGCAGGAUACAGUGAUGGUUUAGGAGCUAAUUCUUUGUACAGUCCACACAGCUUGAAUACUAACGGGGGAUGGCAAGAUGCAACCACUCCAUCUUCUGUGACUUCCCCGACAGAGGGGCCUGGCAGCGUUCACUCUGAUACCUCCAAUUGAUCUCUUAAAUGCGCAGAAAAGGCCUUGACUAGCACUGACUUGACCGAUAGGAGAUUAAUGGAUUAUUUCGGAAACCAAUCGCCUGCUGCCUUUUACUGUAAAACCCUCCCCCCUUUUUUUUUUCUUCCCGUAUUAACAAACGAUCGAUCACGACAAGGUGAUUUAUUUUUUUUCUGUUUUUGACUGCGCCAGACUUGGCUCUAAACCUGCUCGCGAACCUCUGCUGGAGUCCGGAUAGAAGCGGAUCAGACUUUUUUUGUGAAACUUUUUCAAACACAAUUCUAGGUUGGCUGUUGUGCCAUUGAGCAGCGUCUUGGACUUAGGGCUGAUGGGCUGAAAACGCUCGGUCCACUGCCCUACUAGCUACCCUGCAGCCUACUUUUGCUUUGAAGACCUGGGAGUUGCCUGGCAGGGUUGCGGCUGAGAGAAAUUGUGCAACAACAUCGAUCUAACAGGAGCAACAAGAGAAAUGUUGUGGUGUCACAUUGAAUGAACGGUUGAAGCGGCAAAACGUGUUUCAUUUUCUAUUUAGAAAGUCACAGAUAAUGCGAUAAUAUUCCUAAAAUGGCUCACCAAGAUUGCUGAAUGUGUUUUAUUCUUGGGGUUUAUUUCAUCGUGUAAGUCGCAUCCCAGUAUCAUUAAGCGUGGUAUGCGAGGAAUGUUUGCUCAGUUAUGUGGUAAUUUGUUUGUUUAAUGGGGCUAAUAUCUUACUGGCAGCUUUGGGGGGCAGAGAGGCGGGGUGGGGGUGGUCUUUAUGUCUUGCAACCAUUAAAAAAAAAUUGUAUUUAUUACAAACCCUUGCUGUGCAGCGGAUUAAAUCUGAUAAUUAAAUAAACAGCUUGGUUUUUUAGCAGUUUAAGAAAAGCGUCAUAUGGCCAUAAUAAGGUUAUAGAAUGCCUUUUGAUGCGUUUUAAAUACAAAAUUAGAAGGUUUGGAAAACACAGAAUCAGCCCCUUAGUGUAUGUGCAGGACGUGGGUAUUAAUUCAGUGCUACGGAAAUAGUCAGGCUUUUACAGUAAGAGAAAGAUGUGCACAGGUGUGGCUUCAAAAGGCACCAACCGCACAGAGUGUUGUAUAUAAUGUAGCUAAAGAGUAUUUAUACAUCUCACCAAUCAAGACACAGCUUUAUUACCUCAUGCGAUCUCAUCAAAACCAAUAGACUUGCAACAUGUUCUAUAGCUUAGCAUACUCACUACCUCUGAACAGCACCAACAUGGUAGAUUUCUUUCUUAUCUUUUUGUUCUGCAUCUUGUAAUAAACUCGUUCCAUUCCCCUUCGUGUAAUCUAAUGUAUAUUUUAAUCGACGCAGCUUUUAAAAAAAAAAAAAAAAAAAAAAAACAAAGACAAAAAAACAGCAAAGAAAAUCAGACUUGGUCAUUGAGUUAACACACAAACAGUGAAACUGUUGUAAAUACUGAAGAAUAUUUGGAAUGUUGCUCAUCUUGUUAAUAAUCCACGCAAAAACCAACCAAGAAAUGAAAUAACUGUAAUGCAUACAGGUUUCAGUAUUCGGUACUGUAUUUCAGACCCUGUGUGACGGGGGACACCCUUUCUUUCUCCUUUUUUUUGUAUUGUAUGCGAUUCUGAAACUGAUUUAAGUCAUGAAAAGAUACUUUGUGCCAGUGCUUCUGAUGUAUUCCAAUGUUUCGUGUUAUUUUCUAACCGGACUACAACCUGGGCUGAGGAGUCUUCCUUGUGGUAGUUAAAUGUUGUUUCAAAACAUGAAUAAACUUUUUGCUUUCAUGAA